AUGGACAACCUCUACAACACGUCGUCCAUCUUGACGCUGCAAGGUUUUAAUCUCUCCUCUCAAGCUAUCAUUCCUGCAUUUCUUUUUGCAAGUCUAAGCUACAUGAUCAUACUUUUCUGCAACCUUGUGCUUAUCCUCACCAUUGUCCUGCACAAAUGUCUCCACCAGCCCAUGUAUUUGAUUCUGCUCAAUCUUCCCAUCAACGAUCUCUUGGGCUCUACGGCACUCUUCCCACAGGUCAUUAAGGAAAUACUGUUCGACACCAAGACCAUGAAUUACUCAGCUUGUGUCGCCCAGGCUUUUGUUAUUCACAUCUAUGGAGUGGGCGCUGUGUUUAUUCUGACUGCUAUGGCAUAUGAUAGAUACAUUGCCAUAUGUUGCCCACUGAAAUACAAAACUAUUAUGACUAAUGGUCACAUUAUGAAAAUAAUUACAAUAAUUUGGCUGAUUAAUUUAACUUUAAUGGGUGUGCUGUUUCUGCUGCUGUUGCGUUUACCUCGCUGUAGAUCUCUAAUGACACACAGCUACUGCGACAACCCCUCACUGCUCAGUCUGGUCUGUGCAAACACAACCAUCAAUAACAUUUAUGGCCUCAGUACAGUCGCCAUUACACAGGUGAUAGUUAAUGCAACUAUUCUGUACACGUACCUUCAAAUCCUUAUUGCAUGCUUCAAAAGCAAACGAUCCGACACAAGAGCUAAAGCCAUGCAGACGUGUGCAACUCAUUUGAUAGUUUUCCUCCUGUUGGAGUGCCUUGGGCUUUUCACCAUCAUAUCAUACAGGCUGAGGAACCUCUCGCCACAUUUAAGGAGAUUCAUAGGUGUUUCAACGUUAAUUUUCCCCCCUACAUUGAAUCCAAUCAUCUAUGGACUGAGAACACAAGAAAUUCGGGAGAAAAUAGUAAAAAUUUUCAGCAGAAUGAUCUCUCCACUAUAG